ACUUCAAGGAAACCCCAGACCCACCUGCAAGUCUUCCGUGCAAACAAGUUAUAAACCCCUUUUAUACGCACCCACAAGCGAACAGUUCCAUCUUGGUUCAGUUUUUGCUCAAAAGAUUAGGGCUGAUUAGGGUUUUGAAGGUCUGAUUGAAUUGAUUGAAUUCAGGGUUUUGAAGAUUAGGUUUUGUAAUCAUGAGUGAUAAUCUAAUGGACAAAGUUAAUGCCCUCGGUGAGCGUCUUAAGAUUGGUGGAUCUGAGGUCGGUCAGAAGAUAACUGCGGGUAUGAGUUCAAUGAGUUUUAAAAUGAAAGAGUUUUUUCAAGGUCCGAACGAAGCUGAUAAUCUUGUGGAGGAAGCAACUGCGGAAACUCUAGACGAGCCUGAUUGGGCCACGAAUCUUGAACUGUGUGAUAUGAUUAACCACGAGAGGAUUAGUAGCAUUGACAUGAUACGUGCCAUAAAGAAAAGGAUCAUGCUGAAGAACGCUAGAAUUCAGUACCUGACUCUGGUGUUGCUCGAGACUGUAGUCAAGAACUGUGAGAAGGCUUUUUCUGAGGUUGCUGCAGAGAGGGUGCUUGAUGAAAUGGUGAAGAUAAUCGACGAUCCCCAGACAGUGGUCAAUAAUCGCAAUAAGGCUUUGAUUCUAAUUGAAGCAUGGGGAGAAUCUACUGAGGAGCUUCGAUAUCUGCCUGUUUAUGAAGAGACAUAUAAGAGUUUGAAAUCAAGAGGAAUACGGUUCCCUGGUCGUGAUACCGAGAGCUUGGCUCCUAUAUUCACCCCUCCUCGUUCAAUUCCACCUCCGGAAUCGUAUCCCUUUCCUCCACAGCAGCAGAUUCCUCAAGAGAUUCCGAUUCGAAGCAUGUCAGCAGAACAAACAAAAGAAGCAUUUGAUGUAGCACGGAACAGUCUUGAGCUUCUGUCAACUGUUCUAUCUUCUUCACCCCAACAAGAUGCUUUGCAGGACGACUUGACCAUGGCACUCGUACAGCAAUGCCGCCAGUCCCAGCUUACGAUCCAGAGAAUGGUGGAGAGAGGAGGAGACGAUGAGGCCAUAUUGUUUGAGGCGUUGAGCGUGAACGACGAACUUCAGAAAGCCCUGUCGAAAUACGAAGAAAUGAAGAAACCUAAUGAGGUGCAACGAGAACCAGAACCCGCUAUGAUAGCUGUUGCUACAGAGCCUGAUGAGCCGCCUCAAGUAGCGAAAGAAGAAUCGUUGAUCAGAAAGCCUGCAGGGUCUCGUGGCAACAACAGUAACAACGAUGAGAUGAUGGAUGAUCUUGAUGAGAUGAUCUUUGGGAAGAAAAGUGGUGGCUCGUCUGAACCCCGAAAGGAUCCGUCAUCUAAAGAUGAUCUUAUUAGCUUUUAGGCCGUUCUUGGCACAUUAUGAAUACGAAUUCGGAAUCUUUAUGUUGUUCCUUUCUUCAUUGGUUUUAUGUUUUUUUUUUGUGUGGGGAGAUUAUAUUUGGAACUUUAUCAUUGUUUCUAGUUCUCCAAUCAUUUUGUGUUAACCCAAGUUGAUUGUGGUUUGAACUGUGGCUAGAUUUCACUCUACAAACAUAAGAAGAAAUGUACUGAACAGAAAAAGUUAUGUCACUCAGCUUGUCAAUUUUGCAUUGCCAUUAAUGCA